UUUUUUUUAUUAAUACUACUGAAAUAUUGAUAUAAAUCUCUCAUAUUAUUUAAUUUUAAUAUAAUUAAAUUGAUGAUAGAUUUUAUAAAAUAAUUCAUUAUAAAUAAUCUGUAAUAUGGUAUAAUAUAUUUAUGGUAUAAUAUAUUACUUAAGUGUAUACAUACUGUAUUCACAUUACCUUUUGAUCAUAUGUUUACAUGAAAUUUAUUCAAUUUUCAUAUUUAUACGUAUAAAUAUUGUUUUCUUGUAUUUACUUUUCAUAUUUAAUUAAUAAUAAUUUUUAAUAAUUUAUGUUGUGUUAUAUUUUCAAUAUUACUACGAAAAUAAUUCGAUUAAAUACAGGUUAAAAGAAUACAAUAAAAAAAUUAUCUUUUUUAUCAAGAUUUUUUAAUAUAUUGAAUAUUACAAUUUUAUACUUUUCAUAAAUAUAAAAAUGGGAGAAAUGAAAAUUAAUGUUCACAAUCGUAUUAAAUCAGAAGAAAAAUUUAAUAAAGUAGUAAAACACAUUCAGGAUAAAUGGAAACUCGUACCUGCUUUUCUUAAGGGAAAAGGUCUCGUUAAGCAACAUAUUGAUUCUUUUAAUUAUUUUAUAAAUGUGGAAAUAAAAAAAAUCGUAAAAGCAAAUGAAAAAGUCCUUAGUGAUGCUGAUCCUUUAUUUUAUGUAAAAUAUUUAAAUGUUCAUGUUGGUUUACCUGAUGUUGAAGAAGGUUUUAAUGUAACACGUUCUACUACACCACAUGAAUGUCGUUUAAGGGAUUUAAAUUAUUCUGCUCCAAUUACAGUUGAUAUUGAAUACAUUAGAGGUCAUCAACCAAUAAUUAAAAAUAAUUUAUUGAUUGGAAGGAUGCCUAUUAUGCUAAGAAGUUCAAAUUGUGUAUUAACUGGCAAAUCUCAUUUUGAAUUAGCAAAGAUGAACGAAUGUCCUCAUGAUCCUGGCGGUUAUUUUAUAGUGAAUGGUCAAGAAAAAGUAAUCUUGAUACAAGAGCAAAUGCUUAGAAAUAGAAUUAUUCUUGAAGAAGAUAGUAAGGGAUGUAUUGUCGCAUCUUGUAAUAGUGUUACUCAUGAAAGGAAAACGAAAACUAAUAUAGUAGGCAGAGCUGGAAGAUAUUAUAUGAGACAUAAUAUUUUUCAAGAUGAUAUACCUGUGACAAUAAUAUUUAAAGCAAUGGGAAUUGUAAGUGAUCAAGAAAUUAUGCAACUUAUUGGUACAGAAGAAGAAUUUAUGAAAAAAUUUGCACCAAGUUUAGAAGAAUGUCAUGUUUUAAAUGUAUUUGCUCAAAAUCAGGCAUUAAGAUUUCUCAGUAAUAAAAGAAAACAAAAAAGAUACUCAGUCAUAAAAUCUAGUAUUACAGAUGAAAUGAAAGAUGCAUUGGCAACUAAUAUUUUAUCACAUGUUCCUGUCAUAGAUUUUAAUUUUAAAAUGAAAGCAACUUAUAUUGCUUUAAUGAUUCGUAAAGUUAUGAAAGCACAAUCCGAUGGAAAACUUGUAGACGAUAGAGAUUAUUAUGGUAAUAAACGAUUAGAAUUGGCUGGUUCUUUGCUAUCUUUGAUGUUUGAAGACUUAUUUAAAAGAUUUAAUUGGGAGUUAAAACAAAUAGCUGAUAAAAAUAUACCAAAAAUUAAAGCUGCACAAUUUGACAUUGUAAAACAUAUGAGACAAGAUCAAAUUACUAAUGGAUUAGCUUUUGCCAUAUCAUCUGGUAAUUGGACGAUUAAACGAUUUAAAAUGGAACGACAUGGGGUUACUCAAGUUUUAUCUAGACUCUCUUAUAUUUCGGCUCUUGGAAUGAUGACUCGAGUUAAUUCGCAAUUUGAAAAAACUAGAAAAGUAUCUGGUCCUCGAUCUUUGCAACCAUCUCAAUGGGGAAUGUUAUGUCCUAGUGAUACACCUGAAGGAGAAGGUUGUGGUUUAGUUAAAAACUUAGCUCUUAUGACACAUAUUACUACAGAAAUUGAUGAAGAGCCAAUUAUUAGAUUGGCUUUUAAUUUAGGAGUAGAAAAUGUUAAUAUACUUGGUGGUGAAGAAAUUAAUAAUAAAAACGUUUACAUGGUUUUUUUAAAUGGUAAUAUUUUAGGUAUAGUAAAAAAUUAUCAGAGACUAGUAAAUGUUUUUAGAUUAUUACGAAGAAAAGGCUUAAUAAAUGGUUUUGUUUCUAUAUAUACUCAACAUCAACAUAGAUGUAUUCAAAUUAGUUCUGAUGGAGGACGAUUAUGUAGACCAUAUAUUAUUGUACAAAAUGGUGAUCCUCUUGUACAAGAAGAGCAUGUAAAAUUACUUGAACAAGGAAUACGAAGUUUUGAAGAUUUUUUACAAGAUGGUUUAAUCGAAUAUUUGGAUGUUAACGAAGAAAAUGAUAGUUCUAUUGCAUUUAAUGAAUCACAUAUUAAUGAAAAGACAACGCACUUAGAAAUUGAACCAUUUACAUUGCUUGGAGUUUGUGCUGGUUUAGUACCAUAUCCACAUCAUAAUCAAAGUCCAAGAAAUACUUAUCAAUGCGCUAUGGGAAAACAAGCAAUGGGAACAAUUGGUUAUAAUCAACGUAAUCGUAUCGAUACAUUAAUGUAUAAUUUAGUUUAUCCUCAAACACCUAUGGUGAAAUCCCGAACAAUAGAACUAAUAAAUUUUGAUAAACUACCUGCUGGACAAAAUGCAACAAUAGCUGUUAUGUCUUAUAGCGGUUACGAUAUUGAAGAUGCUCUUAUUUUAAAUAAAGCUUCAAUUGAUAGAGGAUUUGGAAGAUGUUUGGUAUAUAGAAAUGCAAAAUGUACGUUAAAAAGAUAUGCGAAUCAAACUUAUGAUCGAAUAAUGGGCCCAUUAAUUGAUGCUAAUACAAAGAAAUCUGUUUGGAAACAUGAAAUAAUCGAUAGUGAUGGAAUUGCUGCUCCUGGAGAAAUGGUGGAAAAUCGAAAGGUAAUGGUAAAUAAAUCAUCACCAGCUGCAAACAUUGGUCCAGUGAAUUCUGGUAAUGUUCAAACACAAACGGAAUAUAAAGACGUUCCAGUUGUUUUUAAAGGUCCAGUUCCUGCUUAUAUUGAAAAAGUUAUGAUUUCUAGCAAUGCAGAAGAUGCAUUUUUGAUUAAAUUAUUAUUAAGACAAACUCGGAGACCUGAAAUAGGCGAUAAAUUUAGUAGUCGACAUGGUCAGAAAGGUGUAGUUGGAUUAAUUGUAGAACAAGAGGAUAUGCCAUUUAAUGAUUAUGGUAUAUGUCCUGAUAUGAUUAUGAAUCCACAUGGAUUUCCUUCACGUAUGACAGUUGGAAAAUUGAUAGAACUGCUUGCUGGAAAAGCAGGUGUUAUAAAAGGAGAAUUUCAUUAUGGCACAGCAUUUGGAGGUUCAAAAGUUGAAGAUGUUUGUGCAGAAUUAGUAAAGCAUGGUUUUAAUUAUUUGGGCAAGGAUUUUUUUUAUUCUGGUAUUACAGGAGAACCUUUACAAGCAUAUAUCUAUUCUGGACCAGUAUAUUAUCAAAAAUUGAAACAUAUGGUACAAGAUAAAAUGCAUGCUCGUGCUCGAGGACCAAGAGCUGUAUUAACACGUCAACCAACGGGAGGUCGAGCCAAGGAAGGUGGUUUAAGAUUAGGUGAAAUGGAACGAGAUUGCUUAAUUGGAUAUGGUGCUAGUAUGAUGUUAAUAGAAAGACUCAUGAUAUCUAGUGAUGCAUUUGAUAUUGAUGUAUGCAAUAAAUGUGGUUUGAUGGCAUAUAGCGGUUGGUGCCAUAGUUGCCGCUCUAGCUCUUGUGUUUCUACAAUUUCAAUGCCUUAUGCUUGCAAAUUACUUUUUCAAGAACUUCAAUCUAUGAACAUAGUACCUCGUUUAACAUUAAAAAAUUAUUGUGACUAAUUUAAAAUAAUUUACUAAGAUAUACUAAGAAUUACUAAGAUUCAUUGUAAAUAUAUUAUAGUAUUAUAUAUAUGGUAUUUAUUAAUUUUUUAAAAAUAUUAGUAAAAAUCUAAAAUCUUUUUAUUUGAUAAUAUAUAUAAUUUUAUUAUUUAUAAAAAUAUAUGUAUUAACUUUUUUGUACUGGAAGACAGUAAAACAUUUUUAUAAUUGAUAAAAUUAUUUAUCAAUUAUUGUACAUAUAUUAUUAUAUGUAUAUAAUGUAAUUUAUAAUAAACAAAAUUAAUUAGUUAUUUCAUAUCUUUAACAUAACAUAUUAAUAAACAUUAUUUAUUUUCAACAGUAUGCACAUAUAUUAUUAUUAAUUUAAUUUUUUUAUAAUAUAAGUGGUUCAGCAAAAAAUUGAAUUUCUGGAUUUUCAAUGCAAUUCUUGUUUUGUAUUAAACGUAAUUCAAUUUUUCUUACAGGUUCAUAUUCUUUAUCUUGACAUGCUAAUAAUAAAAAUUUCGAAAAUUAUUAUUAAAUUUUAUAUAUAAAUAUAUACCUUUAUCUAUAUGUAGAGAAAGAUAAAUAGUAUGAAUACAUACCUUGAGAAUAUUCAUAAGUUUUGAGUAAGAUAUUAUAUAAACUAUUUACAGUUUUUUCAACAGCAAUUUUCAUAUCAUCUUGUAAAUAUGUAUGAGCUAAAAAUAGAGCAGCAAAAAGAUCUCCAGAACCUGUGAAUGUACUUGGUAUUUUUGGAAUAUCAAUUUUUAUUAAUUUAUUAUCUGAAAUCAAAAUAAAUUUUAUGUAUUUUUUUAGAUCUUUAUUUAUUUUAAAUAUCAAUUUAAUUUAAAAUGUCAAUUAUUUCAUUACCUUUGUUUGUGCUAAUUAUUGUUGUUAAUUUAUUAUUAAGUUCUGUUGAUGAAAUUGCUACUGUUUGAGGGCCCAUUUUAUGUACUUUUUUUAUAGCAUUUUCUAAAUCAGAUGUUGUAUUGAUCUUUAUAUUACUUAAUAAUCUAAAAUAAUUAAUAUGAUAUUAAUUUAUAUAUAUGUAAAAUGUAAAAUGUAUAUGUAAAUAUUGACAUAUAAAUAUUAAACUUACUCUAAUUCAAA